GAAUAGAACGCACUAACAACAAUCCAUGAAUAAUGAAUACAACCCCAUUACCCAUAUACAGUAUGAUAUAAACUACUACAAGCUAAAGUUAUGAGUUAUUGUUAAGGUGGUGAAUUCCAUAUUAUCAUUUCACCAACUCGUUGAUGUAUCUCUCUGGUAGUCUGGUAGUCUGGUAGUCUGGUAGUCUGUAGUCUGUAGUAGUCUGUAGUUUGUAUAUAUAAAUAUAGUCUCCUGAUUCCUGAAGUCCUGACCCUCCUUGCUCCCAACAAAUAACAAGACGUAAAUUUCUAGUUUCUAUCAAAGAAUAAAGAGAGAAACUUAAUUGAAUCUGGGAUUCGAUUAUAUUGCAGUGAUAUUGGAGAAGUGAUCGUGAUCGUGAUCGUGAUCGUGAUCGGUGGUGGCCUGACGCCCUGAGGCCUGACCUGAUUGAUGGACGAUGGGGCCGGGCCGGGCCGGGCCGGGUAUGGUUAAAAGUUAAAACAAAUAGUUGUAUAGUAUAAUCAAUAAUGGGUAAUUGCUGGUGUAGAUGGGGGAAUGAUUCUAUUUACACGCUUCCCUCUCAUUCCAGACCAGAAUCCUUAAAAGAAGGAAGUACUGUGUUGCGGAAUGUUACCAAUGAAGUGAGUAAAUUGCCUUCCAAUGCUAAGGAGGUGGAGGAUCUACGCCGUGAUUUUGCUAGAAAUCCACUCCUCGUUUUCACCUUCGAAGAACUAAAAGUAAUUACCGAAAAUUUUAGGCCUGACCAUUUGUUGGGGGGAGGGGGAUUUGGAAGUGUUUAUAAAGGUGUUAUUUCGAAAGAAAGAGAUGGACUUGAACCGCUUCAGGUGGCUGUCAAGGUUCACGAUGGGGACAAUAGUUACCAAGGUCACAGAGAAUGGCUGGCCGAAGUUAUCUUCCUUGGACAGCUAUCGCAUCCUAACUUAGUGAAGCUAAUUGGAUAUUGCUGUGAAAAUGACCAUCGUGUACUCAUAUAUGAGUAUAUGGCCCGAGGCAGUGUGGAGAACAAUUUAUUUUCAAGAGUUCUGCUUCCCCUCUCUUGGGCUAUCAGAAUGAAGAUUGCUUUUGGCGCUGCAAAAGGACUUGCUUAUUUACAUGAAGCUGAGAAGCCCGUCAUAUAUCGAGAUUUUAAGACAUCUAACAUUUUGCUAGACAUGGAUUACAAUGCAAAACUAUCUGAUUUUGGUCUUGCCAAAGAUGGACCUGUUGGUGACAAAUCUCAUGUUUCCACUCGUAUAAUGGGAACUUACGGUUAUGCAGCUCCAGAGUAUAUCAUGACAGGUCACUUAACCCCAAGGAGUGAUGUUUACAGCUUUGGCGUAGUCUUACUUGAACUUCUCACAGGAAGGAAAUCAUUAGACAAGUCACGACCAGCAAGAGAACAGAACCUCACAGAUUGGGCUAUUCCAUUGCUUAAAGAGAAGAAAAAAUUGCUUAAUAUUGUAGAUUCUAGACUUGGAGGAGAUUAUCCUAUAAAAGGAGUGCAAAAGGCAGCCAUGUUGGCAUAUCAUUGCUUAAAUCGCAACCCAAAAGCCAGGCCCCUUAUGCGUGAUAUAGUGGACUCUCUAGAGCCUCUUCAGAUUGAUGAUCACGAAUCGCCAAUUUUGGAUGGUAAAACCACUUUAACCUUCCAACCUGACUAAUUGGUAGUUUGGUACAGUAAUAAAUUUGUCCUCUUUGAGCUAGGUUUCAUGCUAUGAUGUUUUUCCAUGUAUCUCCUUCAUUUCGCCAUACUACAUUUGUCUAUGACGUAUAUAUAUGUUUUACAGUUUCAGUA